AUGCCAUCAACUCAGCUUCUCCGUACUGGCGAUGUCGCUGUACGUGACGCCCCUAGAGCCCCUAACCCCUUCAACAUCUACUCGGCGGCUGGCACGCCCGUAGACCCUGCUACAACGUCAACGCCCAAGUUCAACGUUCUGGAAGCUCCAGCUGUCAGCUUGUCUCUGAGUGAUACCCUCACUCCUGCUGAUUUUGCUUCCGUCUUUGACAUUUGCGCGUCCAUUGAAAAGACAAUUGCCUCUUUGGAUAACUACGCUUCGAGCGCUCGGGCUAGCCGUGACAUAUAUACCCCUAAUACAUCCCUCGCGCCUGCUACGUCCGACUCUCGACCGAUAACCCUCCUGCUCUUGGGACCAAGACCAUCGACACCAGCUAUCCAGUUGCAUGCGUGUCACGCAGACGCCAAUACCAUGAACGCUUUUCGCGAUUCUCGCGCUGAGGACCGUUCAUGGCCACGAGGUGUACCCAGCUGCAAUGUUCCUGACGAUGUGAAGGCUAGUCGAGAGGCAGCAACACCUUCCAUGGACCUCGCGCUCCUCCACGCACAUUACCGGCGUCAGUUCCAGCCAGAGUCGCUCCCGCCAGUACAGAGACAGGCUCCUGCAGCAGCACGCAAUGUUCGCGGGGGUGUUAUCUCAGCCGCGAUACGUGCGGCGUCGCAAGGCCAGGCGCAAAAGCGCCCGCUCUUGCGCCACGAGUGUGUGAUCCGUGUUGAAGUAGGGCGAACCCCUCGGGAUGGGCCAUCGGCGAAGAAAGUUGUGGGGAGGUCGUUGGGGGUGGGGAAGAGGGAGAUAGAUGUAGAGGGGGCGGUGUUGGGUGCGGGUAUCCAGUUCGCCAGGAAGCCCAUCUUCGUUCGGCCAAACGACGAUGGGCUUCCUGGCGUAAUUGAGAGUGGCAUGGUAGAGGAGGGUGGUGAACGGCCGCUCGGAUGUUAUGUCUGCUUCACCAACGGCAGACCGCCGUUGGUGCGGCAGCAUUGCGUGUGA